AUGGAGCUGGACUAUGAGGAUAGUGAAUUUGACGAGGAGUCGGAGAAAGGAGAUGACAUUAAGGAAACCCAUAGUGAACUAUACCCUUUAGGAAUCAUACCAGAUGAGCACACAUUGCAGGGGAGGAAUACUAACUAUAUAUGCUCUCUAGAGGAAGAAGUAGCCAACUUGAAGCCGCGACUCUUUACGACUGAAGCUAGGGCAGUUCGGGCAGAGCAAAAGGAGGAUGAGAUAACUCGUGAGAUGAGUGAAUUGGUCGAGCUUCGGGUGCGUCACUUUAGCAUCUGA